GUCCGGUCCGGCCCGGAUCGGUCCGGUCCGGCCCGCCCCAUGGGCUCAGGAUGCCGGUCCGGAGGGGACACGUCGCGCCGCAGAACACUUUCCUGGACACCAUCAUCCGCAAGUUUGAGGGCCAGAGCCGCAAGUUUAUCAUCGCCAACGCGCGGGUGGAGAACUGUGCGGUCAUCUACUGCAACGAUGGCUUCUGUGAGCUGUGUGGCUACUCGAGGGCCGAGGUGAUGCAGCGCCCCUGCACCUGCGACUUCCUGCAUGGGCCCCGCACCCAGCGCCGGGCCGCUGCCCAGAUCGCCCAGGCGCUGCUCGGGGCCGAUGAGCGCAAGGUGGAAAUCGCCUUCUACCGCAAGGAUGGGAGCUGCUUCCUGUGCCUGGUGGACGUGGUGCCUGUGAAGAACGAGGAUGGGGUGGUCAUCAUGUUCAUCCUCAACUUCGAGGUGGUGAUGGGCACUGAGCUGGUGGGUUCCCCCCCGGCCAGGGACACCAACCACCGAGGGCCCCCCUCUGGCUGGCUGCCUCCAGGCCGUGGCCGGACCUUCCGCCUGAAGCUGCCCGCCCUGCUGGCCCUGACGGCACGGGAACCACCUCACCGGGCCGGGGACGCAGGGGUCCCGGGGGGUCCCGGGGCCGUGGUGGUGGAUGUGGACCUGACCCCGGCGGCCCCCAGCAGCGAGUCGCUGGCCCUGGACGAGGUGACAUCCUCACUGGACAACCACGUGGCCGGGCUGGGGCGGGCACUGGUGGGCCCCGGCUCCCCGGUCACCGGGCCGCCGCUGACCCACUCCUCCCCCCGCGCCCAGCGGCUCCACGCCGACGCCUCUGGCUCCAGCUGCAGCCUGGCCCGGACCCGCUCGCGGGAGAGCUGUGCCAGCGUCCGCCGCGCCUCCUCCGCCGACGACAUCGAAGCCAUGAGGACCGGGGCGCUGCCGCCCCCGCCCCGCCACGCCAGCACCGGGGCCAUGCACCCCCUACGCAGUAGCCUUCUGAACUCCACGUCGGACUCGGACCUGGUUCGCUACCGCACCAUCAGCAAAAUUCCUCAGAUCACGCUCAACUUCGUGGACUUCAAGGGCGAUCCCUUCCUGGCCUCGCCCACCAGCGACCGCGAGAUCAUCGCACCCAAGAUCAAGGAGCGGACUCACAAUGUCACCGAGAAAGUCACCCAGGUCCUGUCCCUGGGGGCCGACGUCCUGCCCGAGUACAAACUGCAGGCCCCCCGCAUCCACCGCUGGACCAUCCUGCACUACAGCCCCUUCAAGGCCGUGUGGGAUUGGCUCAUCCUGCUGCUGGUCAUCUACACGGCCGUCUUCACGCCCUACUCAGCCGCCUUCCUGCUGAAAGAGAGCGAGGAGGGGGUGUCCCCACCCCCCGACUGCGGCUACGCCUGCCAGCCCCUGACCGUGGUGGACCUGAUCGUGGACAUCAUGUUCAUCGUGGACAUCCUCAUCAACUUCCGCACCACCUACGUCAACGCCAACGAGGAGGUGGUCAGCCACCCUGGCCGCAUCGCCGUCCACUACUUCAAGGGCUGGUUCCUCAUCGACAUGGUGGCCGCCAUCCCCUUCGACCUGCUCAUCUUUGGCUCCGGCUCUGAGGAGUUGAUCGGGCUGCUGAAGACGGCGCGGCUCCUGCGGCUAGUGCGGGUGGCCCGGAAGCUGGACCGCUACUCCGAGUACGGGGCGGCCGUGCUCUUCCUGCUCAUGUGCACUUUCGCGCUGAUCGCCCACUGGCUGGCCUGCAUCUGGUACGCCAUCGGCAACAUGGAGCAGCCGCUGAUGGACUCGCGCAUCGGUUGGCUUCACAACCUGGGCGAGCAGAUCGGCAAACCCUACAACGGCACCAGCGCCGGCCCCUCCAUCAAGGACAAGUAUGUCACCGCCCUCUACUUCACCUUCAGCAGCCUGACCAGCGUCGGCUUCGGCAAUGUGUCCCCCAACACCAACUCCGAGAAGAUCUUCUCCAUCUGCGUCAUGCUCAUUGGCUCCCUGAUGUACGCCAGCAUCUUCGGGAACGUGUCGGCCAUCAUCCAGCGCCUGUACUCGGGCACAGCCCGCUACCACACGCAGAUGCUGCGCGUGCGAGAGUUCAUCCGUUUCCACCAGAUCCCCAACCCCCUGCGGCAGCGGCUCGAGGAGUACUUCCAGCACGCCUGGUCCUACACCAACGGCAUCGACAUGAACGCCGUGCUGAAGGGGUUCCCCGAGUGCCUGCAGGCUGACAUCUGCCUGCACCUCAACCGCUCACUGCUGCAGCACUGCAAACCCUUCCGCGGGGCCACCAAGGGCUGCCUGCGGGCGCUGGCCAUGAAGUUCAAGACCACCCACGCGCCCCCCGGGGACACCCUGGUCCAUGCCGGGGACCUGCUCACCGCCCUCUACUUCAUCUCCCGCGGCUCCAUCGAGAUCCUGCGCGGGGAUGUGGUGGUCGCCAUACUGGGGAAGAACGACAUCUUUGGGGAGCCCCUGAACCUGUACGCGCGGCCGGGCAAGUCCAACGGGGAUGUGAGGGCGCUGACCUACUGUGACCUGCACAAGAUCCAGCGCGACGACCUGCUGGAGGUGCUGGACAUGUACCCGGAGUUCUCCGACCACUUCUGGUCCAGCCUGGAGAUCACCUUCAACCUGCGCGACACCAACAUGAUCCCCGGCUCCCCCAGCAGCGCCGAGCUGGACACCGGCUUCAACCGUCUGCGUAGGCGCAAACUGUCCUUCCGCCGCCGCACGGACAGGGACACGGAUCCCCCAGGGGAGGUGUCGUCCACGGGCCCCGGUGGCCGCGCUGCUAAUGGGGGGCCCUGGGGGGAGAGCCCCUCCAGCGGCCCAUCCAGCCCCGUGAGCAGCGACGAGGAUGAAGAAAGGGGUCCAGGCUCCAGUCCUCUGCGCCUGGUACCCUUCCCCUCCCCCCGCCCCCCGGGAGGCCUGCUGAGCCGAGAACCCGUCACGGACGAUGGCGAGAAGGGCAGUGACACCUGUAACCCCCUGUCAGGUGCCUUCUCCGGAGUGACCAACAUCUUCAGCUUCUGGGGGGAAAGCCGGGGUCGCCAGUACCAGGAGCUGCCCCGCUGCCCGGCCCCGACUCCGGCCCCCACCCCCGGACUCCUGAACAUCCCACUGCCCAGCCCGACCCGCCGGCCCCGCAGCGAGAUCGAGGGCCGCCUGGACACCCUUCAGAGGCAGCUCAACAGGCUGGAGACGCGGCUGAGCACGGACAUGGCAGCCAUCCUGCAGCUGCUGCACCGACAGAUGAGCCUGGUCCCCCCGGCCUACAGCUCCGUGACGCCCCCGGCGCCCGGACCCCCCGCAGCCUCGCCCCCCGACCCCACUCUCCCCCUGGACUCGCUCUCUCAGGUUUCCCAGUUCCUGGGGUGCGAGGAGCUCCCCGCUGGGACCCCGGAGCCCCCCCAGGACGGCCCCGCCCGACGCCUCUCCCUGCCUGGCCAGCUGGGGAUCCUGACCUCGCAGCCCCUGUACAGACAUGGCUCCGACCCGGGCAGUUAGUGGAAAGGCGGCGGUGGCGUGGAAAAACGGCUCGGCGAGGCCUGCCUGCCCCUCGGGGGUCCAGGGCCCACCCUGUGGGGGGGUAGAGGGAGAAGGAAGCGGUGGUUCCGGCCCCCUGCCCCUCGGCUCGCUCCCUUCCUCGCUGGACCCCCGGGGUGGGUGCAGGGGGCUGGAGGACCUGCUGGUGGUGGUGAUGAUGCGGGGAGGGGGAUGGCAUCGGGUCUGGGGAUUCCCCCCCCCCUCCCCCCCGGCUGCCCUGGGGGCAUUAGCUGGCCUAAAUGCCCGGGAAGGGCCCCGGCCCAGGGGUCCGAGGGACCUCAAGGACUUGAAGACUAUUCUGCUAUUUACUGCUCUUAUCGUUAAGGAUAAUAAUUAAGGAUCAUUAUGAAUAAUUAAUGAAGAUGCCGAUGAAUAUGAAUAAUAAAUAAUUAUCCUGAAGAGAGUCCCCCGGAAACCUCAAGA